AUGUCAUCAGAUCACGAAAAACCAGAAGUGCUUUCAUUAAGCGCUAUUCAUACCGGCGCAUCAUACGGCGAUAUGAACAAGAGAGCAUCUAUCACAUCCAUCGAAACUGCAUCAAUUUGUUCGAAUGGAUCAGUGGAAGACGAUAAACCACUAAUUGAACCCCAUAUGGGUCUUCUUAGUAGUGUGAAUAUGAUUGUUGGUCUUAUUAUUGGAAGUGGUAUUUUCGCUUCUCCCGGCCCAGUAACUCUUAAAGUACAUUCAGUAGGCCCCUCGUUACUCGUCUGGGCAAUUGGUGGCUUCCUUAGUUAUAUUGGUGCGCUGUGCUAUGCAGAACUUGGUACUAUGAUCACAAAAUCUGGUGGAGAAUACCAAUACCUGAGAAGUUCAAUGGGUCUCUGUAUGGGACUGACAUUUACCUGGAGUAACUUGCUCCUGACAAACCCGAUUGGCACAGCAUCGAUUGCUACCGUAUUUGCCCAAUAUAUUCUACAAAUGGCAUAUUUUGAUAAAGAGAACCCAACUGGCGAAGGUUUGGUCCUUCCAGAAUACGCAACUAAGCUAGUUACUAUUGGCUGUAUCUGGGUAGUUGUUAUCUUGAAUGCAGUAGCCCGUAAAGCAAGUGCCUAUGUAUCAAACAUCUUUACCUUGGCAAAACUUAUUGCACUAGUCAUGAUUAUUAUUAUCGGUUGGGUUUGGCUCGGUAAAGGACAUGUUUCAAAUUUUGAAAACGCAUUUGCUGGAAGUUCAACCAAUGCAUUGGAUUAUGGUACUGCAAUGUACAUGGCUCUUUUCUCUUACAAUGGCUGGAAUAACUUGAACUAUGGUAUUAGUGAAGUCAAGAACCCCAAGCGCGUUCUACCUCUUGCUAUCACUAUCUCUUGUAUGCUUGUAACCAGCGUCUACGUCUUAGCAAAUAUCGCCUACUUUGCAACCUUGCCGAUUUCUGUUGUAUCCACUUCUUCCACUGUAGCUAUGCAGUUAGGUUUGGAAACAAUGGGAGUUGCUGGUGGAUACUUCUUUGCAUUAAUGGUUGUUCUAUCUACGUUUGGUGCUGUAAACGGAAAUAUGUGGGCUUCUUCGCGUCUGGUGGUUGCUUCCGCUGAAGAAGAUAGUGUAUUCAUGCCCACUUUCUUUGCUCAUAUUGACAAAAAACGUGGUACUCCUAUCCGUGCCUCCAUCUUGGUUGGCAUCAUCAGCACUAUUUGGUGUAUACCCGGUAACUUUACCUACCUUGCAAAAAUGUACAGCUUCACUGGAUGGCUGUUUUAUGGAUUUUCGGUUAUUGGUUUGAUCAUCAUGCGCUUCAAGAAGAGUACCAAGGACCUUAAUCGCCCUUUCAAGAUUUGGCUCCCUCUUGCUGUUUUUUUCGUUAUUGUUGACUGUUACCUCGUCGUUGCUCCUCUUAUUGACGCUGGCUCUGACGGUGUAUACCAGUAUAUUAUCUGUAUUGUCAUUGGCCUGUUAGCUAUUCCGAUCUGGUUUGUGCGUGUCCGUAAACCUCAACUUGGUCGUAUACUCUUUGGUUGGAUUCCUAGAUACCAAGAUGCGGGUAUCCUGGCCAAGAAGGAGGCUCAAUUAGCCAGGCGCCAAAUGAGAUUAGCCAAUGCCCAAGCUACUGAAGAGCAGGUGGAGACUGAUCGCGAAAAGUACUAA